CGACCGGCCUCUGGGGCGGUGUUUGGUGAAGUUAUCUCUGGAGGCUGCUGGAGGAUAAAUGUGGAGAUCUGCAGAUAGAAGCCAAGAAGAUGAACGGAGCUGGAGAGGAAGAAGAUCUACAGUGGUGUUCAAAAUAAUAGCAGUCCCACAUCACUUUAUCAGGACCGUCAGUGUUGAUUUAACUUAUUUCUAAAACAGCGGCGGACUACUUCCAGCUGCGGAGGGACACCCUUUUCCAGCUAGCUGCAAUCUGACGCAGUGACGCAGCAGAGUGCAACUGACCAGGGCGGAGGGAUACGUCAUUCUGCUGGGAGAAGAGACACAGCGAGGAGGCAGUGUGUGUUGGCAGACAGCAUUGAUAACUCAAUCAGCGAGGACUCUCUGGCGUCUCUGAUCCGAAUGCCUGGUGGCUGUGUGGAGCAGAACUUGGCCUCCAUCACUCUGCCACUCAUUUCCACCCUGUACCUGGACCGAAGCAACGGCUGGGAGAGUGUAGGAGUGCAACGCAAGGCUGAGGCUAUCCAAUACAUCAGGAGAGGCUAUGAGAACCAGCUGGCAUACAGAAGGAGCGGUGGCUCCUGUGUCUCUGUACGGCGGAUACGGGGCACAGGAGCAAGCACAUGGCUACCUCAAUGUCAGGAUCACAGCGUACGUGGUGAAGGUGUGGCUGAUGAUGGCCGUUUUGCCAUCAUCGGCAUCAACGAGCAACAAGUGUGUGACCCUCUGCUCUACCUGGUGAAGAAUAAAUUCCGGCAUAGAGAGAAAAUCUACGUAGAAGACAACCCCGUUUACAGCACGACCAUGACUGGUGGUCUCUGUGGUGACGACCCAGAGACAACUCUGACCGCCUUUGUCCACAUCGGUCCCACAUUUGUCCACAAUGCGCUCAAGCAGGCAGGGAUCCACUGCAGCAGUCCAGGUGUAAAUGUGGAGGAAGCCAUCCGUUCAACAUCAGCCUACUUGAAGAGAGCUCUGACGAAGCCUGGGAGGAGACCAUACACGGUGGCCAUCGCCUCUUAUGCCCUGGCUUUGGACGGCUUGCCCACCACUCUUCAUGAACUUUUACUCAGAGGUGCAGCUCCAGGUAUGCCUUGUUUCAUUUGUCCAAAAAAAAGGCACAUACAACUCUCAUCUGCUAGAACUUUGAGUUUUCACAUUUUAUUUUCUGGAGAGAACUAAAUCCUUCCUCCAAAGUCCUUAAAAUGAA